AUGACAGGGACGCAGGUGUGCAAUAAAGUGUUCGGCAACGCAUCCGCGUUAGCUAAACAUAAGUUAACGCACAGCGACGAGCGCAAAUAUGUUUGCAUCACUUGCGCAAAGGCCUUCAAAAGGCAGGAUCAUCUUAACGGCCAUAUGUUAACACAUCGAAACAAAAAGCCUUACGAAUGUAAAGCUGAUGGAUGCGGAAAGUCAUACUGCGAUGCCAGGUCCCUACGACGGCACACGGAAAACCACCAUCAUCCUGAUAAAAACGGCAGCAAAGAGAGCGCGAACGCUGAACGUGAGGCGACUGCUCGCGUCGCGUCACCCACGUCUCCAGCACGCGCUCUGCACUCUGACACCAGUAAUGGCUCCGAAAAGUCGAGUAUUACAAACUCGAGCGGAGACAGUUCGCCGCCCCGCACACCACCGACGCAGCCUGUUCCUGUCGCUCAAACGAUGCCGCCCAUCGCCGUGCGCCCAAAACCUAAAGCAGUCAAACCUAAAUCGCUGACUCUGGACAAAGAUAUGACGCCCACGUUUACGCCUACACAUUGCUACGCCGUAGCAGUGUAA